AACCCCUUCGCCAUAGGACAAAAAUUUACGUUGCAUGUCCCAUCUAUCCUACAUCUCGUUGGUGAUAUUAAUGUAAUGUGAAUUUAAUUUGGAAACGUUUAAGUUUUCAGACUUCAUUAAUUUUAAUUCUCGGGUCAAAUGUAAUUCUUAAAUUGGCCACUCCAAACCGUAGACAGUAUAUCAAAACAUGUUCAUUUUACAAAGAAUCCAGAUACUGAAAAACUGGGUUCUUAUUAUGCACUAUUGGUUGCAUUAAAAACUAUGAAUGAACGUUGUCGACAAUUAGAAACAAGAUUAGCCACUGUUGAAGAAGAAAACAUGUGUUUAAGGCUUGAAUGUGGGAAAGAUGAGUCUGCAGCAAUUAUGAAAAUAAAAGAUGAUAAUGAAGAAACUAUUGUACAAACCUUGAAGGUAAAAGUAGAAGAGCUUACCAAACAAAAAUCUCAACUAACUCAUCAGAUUUUUAUGGUAGCGGAAGAAAACCGUAAAUUAUGGAAUCGAUUAACAAAAUUAACAAGGACUAAUAAAUCGUUAGGUAGUCAAUUGACAAAAAUUUCUGAUACACUCAAACAACAUUCCCCGGCUCAACCAACAGACAUUGUGUCUUAUAACUUUUGUGAUAUUUCUCAAUCCACUAAAUCAAAAGAUGGUAGUCAACAAUUAAUUGCAGAUAAUGAGGAAAAAGAACAGACUUUGGAAGAAAUAUCAUUAAGACUUAUCAAUAGUAUUAUGUUAGAAAAAUCAGAUCUUGAACAGCAAUAUGCAGAGAUGGUCGAACUACAAAAUAGUACUGAAGUGAAUUUACAAAAUAUUGGAUUUACUUAUCCAGAAGAUUCUGAUACAGACUUAGAGUUAUUAAAACAGCAUGAUAUUAGAUUAAGUCAAAUAAAAAAUACUUUAUUAGCACAACAAACCAAGCUAAAAAGAGCCCUACUGCAUUUUAGAAAAAUGAAAGAAGGAGCAAUGUGUAAUAACUGUCGCAUGAAUGCAAGCAAGAAAAUGUGUCAAGCUGGGACACAAUUCGAUUCGGAUGAAAGUUUUAAAGAACAUGGUGCAACUCAAACCAGUCUUCAAACUUCGAGUCUACCUUUAGAAAAAUGUUCUAAUUCAACAGAUAAUGCUGAAGAAGAUGAUAAAAUUUGUCCAUUGUGUGGAUCUUUUUUUGAAAAACAUACUUCAUUUACAGAAUUCCAUGAACAUGUUUUAAGCCAUUUUACUAAAGAAGUAUCUAUCGAUGGUUUUGAAAUUGUUCAUUAACAACUAUUUAAACCACAAGUAAUGGUAAUAACCCGGCAUCAUUCGUUUCUAAAGAAAUUCCAUAAAUUAUUACAUUAUUUUAAAAAUAAAAGAUAAUUGUAAAUACUAUAUAUACAUUCAUUGUAAGUGUGUUAACUUUAUCAGCAUUAGACAUGUUUUUGAUUACUGAAUUUUAUGAACUGUUGAUCCAGAUAAGAUUUAAUAGAAGAAAAUAACCAUCAUGGAUAGAAAUGCAAUACAAAAAAAUUAAUUUAUUAUAAAAGAUAGUCAAUAUGAUUGUUAGUAAUAUGACAUGUAUUUUUUUGUUUUUAAGCUGUGAUGAUAACGGAGAAUUAAGAUAAUAAAGUUAUUGUAAUAAUCCUACACUUUAAAAAUAAAAUAAGGAUGGUGAAUAUUUUACUUUUAAUAUAGGUGUAAUGUUUUUCAAAUUUAUUUGUUUCCUAUAACUAAAUUGGAUAUAAACAGAAGUACCUUGCUGAUGCUACUUAUUCUUUAUCUACAAUUAUAGGUGUAUUUACAAGUUUUACAUCUUUUUCCUCAGAUGGUUCUUGCAUAGUUGGCU